AUGGAAAUGCAAAGCCACAAAGUGCCUGGGAAUGGAUAUCCCUCUCAAAAUCACAGCAGGGUUCAUAGCCUUGAUGAACAAGAUUAUGAUUCAUCAACUUAUGAAUGCUCUCACCAUGCAAGAAGAAAUCGUGACAUUGAAGACCCCAUGGCUUCAAAAAUGGAGCCUAUCAGAGUGAACAUGUUUCUAGAACCUUCAAUAUAUAAAAAGACUGCAGCAGAGCUUCUGUCAACUUUUAUUUUAGUGUUAGCUGGGUGUGGGGGAAUAAUGGUGGAUACAAGGGACAAGGUGCUAACCCAUAUUGGAGUUGCUGCUGUUUUUGGACUCACAGUUAUGGCAAUGCUAUAUGCUGUGGGGCAUAUCUCUGGGGCUCACAUGAAUCCUGCUGUUAGUCUUGCCUUCUCAACUGUUGGAAACCUUCCUUACAAGCAGCUACCCAUUUAUGUAGUAGCUCAGAUAGUUGGUGCUACACUGGCUGCAGCUGCACUAAAAGCAACAAUUAGAAACGUAUCCAUUGACGUUACUGUAAAUGCUGCUAAUGGGAAAGAUAUUGAAUCACUGUUUAUUGAAUUUAUGCUCACCUUCAUACUCAUGUUUGUUUUGUCUGCAAUGGUCACAGAUCGUAAAGCACCUGGUCAUAUGAUAGGGGUUGCUAUGGGUGGAACAGUGGGAUUUUGUGCUUUAUUUGGAGGGCCACUGUCAGGAGCUUCCAUGAACCCAGCAAGAUCUUUGGGACCUGCACUGAUAGCCGGCAUUUAUGAAGAUCUUUGGACUGCAGCAGAGCUUCUGUCAACUUUUAUUUUAGUAUUAGCAGGGUGUGGAGGAAUAAUGGUGAAUGAAAGGGACAAGGUGUUAACUCAUAUUGGAGUUGCUGCUGUUUUUGGACUCACAGUUAUGGCAAUGCUAUAUGCUGUGGGACAUAUUUCUGGGGCUCACAUGAAUCCUGCUGUUAGUCUUGCCUUCACAACUGUUGGAAACCUUCCUUACAGGCAGCUACCCAUUUAUGUAGCGGCUCAGAUAGUUGGUGCUACACUGGCUGCAGCUGCACUAAAAGCAACAAUUAGAAACGUAUCCAUUGACGUUACUGUAAAUGAUGCUAAUGGGAAAGAUAUUGAAUCACUGUUUUUUGAAUUCAUGCUCACCUUCAUACUCAUGUUUGUUUUGUCUGCAAUGGUCACCGAUCCUAAAGCACCUGGUCAUAUGAUAGGGGUUGCUAUGGGUGGAACAGUGGGGUUUUGUGCUUUAUUUGGAGGGCCACUGUCAGGAGCUUCCAUGAACCCAGCAAGAUCUUUGGGACCUGCACUGAUAGCCGGCAUUUAUGAAGAUCUUUGGGUGUAUAUUGCUGGACCUAUUCUUGGUGCCUUGUGCGGAGCUUGGGCUUACAGGGGCAUUAGGAUGGACAAUUAA